CAUCCAAGUCUCUUUCAAGAAACCAAAAAACCACUAUAAAUCUCCACUUUCAUGCACACAAUUCUUCAAGUCUUAAGUGCAAACCAUCAUAAAACUCAACUUCCCACAUCCACUACCAUUACAACAUGCCAACCAACACUGUCAAAUUUUCCAUUCUCCUUCUUUUCUUCUUCAUCUUUGAAACCUCUUUAGCACAUCCUCCUGAAACCUCCAUGGGGACUAAUGGCCCGAUCGGCUCUUCCUCUGGUGCAACUGGUUCAGGCCACGGGCAGAAUUGGGAUUAUAAUUGGGGUUGGGGGUCUAGCCCAGGGAGCGGGUGGGGUUAUGGCUCUGGCUCGGGAAGGUCACCCAAUGGAUUUGGAAGAGGUUCGGGCUUUGGGUAUGGGUCUGGUUCGGGAUCAGGCUCGGGCUACGGUUAUGGGUCUGGAAGUGGUGGAGCUCAUGGUGGUGGGUAUGGGUCUGGAAGUGGGUCUGGCGCCGGCAGUGGUGGAGGAAUCGGCGGUUCAGGUGGUGCCUGCACUGACCGCGAAUCAUUCAGCCGAAGGGGCAGGAACCACCAUGGGUGAUGAAUUAAUUUUGUGUGUUGUUUCGGAGUAUAUGAUGAGGUAUAAGAUACGUGGUGUGUAAGCUUUAUAAAGUUUGUUAUAUGCUCUUAAUGAUGACGUUAUGUACUAAUUUGCAGUUAUUUUAUAUAGUUCAUAUAUAUGCUGCAAUAUAAAUUAAGACUGUCUAAUUUCCAUUCUAAA